AGAGAUUAAACAUGGCGGAGAAGUUUGGACGCAAUGUUUGGAUGGUAACAGAUAACACGAUUUUAUGCAACAACAGUUAAAAUAUGCAUGGUGUAAAGUUACUGGAGAAAGGCUGAUUGUUCAUCAUGGUCAAAAAGAAAGAGAAAGCACCAAAGCAAGCUGUAAAGAAAGAUGCAGGAAAGAGAAAAGGAAAUGUGGUUAUUCACACUGGACUACCGCCAAAAGUCGAAGGUCAGCUGAGAUGUUACUGUUGUCUAACCAUUAGUCAGAUAAAAUGGUCGUGCCCCUCCCCUCCUGAUGUUACCCACGUACGUGUCAGGUGGUGGGGAGAAGACGGAGAUGGAGCAAUCUUCAGACCAUAUGAUGCCAGGAAGGGUAAUUUGGCCAUGGCUAAAACUCUGGCUAAAUAUCCCAUCAAGUCUGGUCCGAAGCAGUUUGCUGCGUAUCUUACAGACAUGUCCAGUCUGUUGAUCGAGGUCCUCAGCGGUGGAAUGAUGGUUCCGGUAGGGUAUGCUGAGGUCACUGAUGUCGGGAAAAUCUCACCAACUUCACCUAUCAAAGGGUGGUUUCCUGUCAUGUCUCCAAACGAAGACAAAUUAGCGGAUCUAGAGAUCUCUUUAAACUUAGAGACAGUUUCAGACUCUUAUGAUAGUCUGGGAGACACUAUUCCUACGACAGAUAUCGGUAUGGAUGUUAAUGGUGCUAACGAAUCCAUGUACCCACAACGAAUACAACACAAACCUUGUGCCGUCCCCCCAAAGAAACCUACAGAUGACCCCUUCAUUUCACCUGUGUCUAACCAGAAUGGGUCUGUCCCAAAUGGGCAUACAAAUACUGCAGCGGAUUUGAGGAAGCAGCUCAAUUACAGUUUCCAUGACAACCACCAUUAUUCGCAUCCUCAGCCUGUGCAGUCUGGCAGCUCUGUGGAAGUCAGCGCUAAUGGUGACAUUGUUACAUCCGAUCUGGACCAAAAUCACCUCAAUUUCAUCUCCCACCCUACCCCUAAUCACAGUGCCAUAUCAGUACAAUCCUCAAGUGCAUUACGUAAACCCAAAUCACCCAAGAAAAAAUCAUCCAAUCAUAUACCUCAUUCACAAACGUUUGCUAAUGGCAGUGAUGAACCAGUGGGUGGAGACUUGCUCUCAAUUCUUCUACAGAAAGGAGAUAAAUUACGCAAAGAGAUGAUCAUUUCAUCCAUUGAAGAUAGUGCCUCUCAGUCAAAAGAAAUUCCAGGUGCUAUGCCGCGGACUGAACUGGAAGAAAGGGAUGUGGAUCUAUCUAGAAUGUCUGAAAGCCGACAAUCAACAGGAAGUUUUUUUAAGGAAAUUUUACGGUCUGAGAAAAGUUACAAGAAUGACCAUGUUGAUGUAUCACAGUUCGAGGAGAACGCCAUUGAUUUAAUAAUGGGCGGAACAGGACUGGAUGAUAUAAAGAUGUUGACGAUGGGAGCACGAAGUCCGGGGUAUGUAUCAGAUGACCAGGAUUUGGUCAGUGACCCGGGUGACCCGAUCCACAAUGAGACUCUCCUGAAGGAAUUGUUCUACAAAAAUCCAGACAGCGAGGUGAGUGAGAUGAGUGAGCUUAGUGAGGAGGAGAUAACUUACAAGAACUUUCAGAGUAAACCAAGGACAGCUUCACCAGCGCCCUCUGUAGAGGACCCUGCUAACGCUCGCCCCCCAUCGAGGCGGUCGUCAGUAUCCAGUGUUACCUUGCCUCUGCCCAUGACAGAAACCCCAAAGACAACACCCAAGAAAAAAACUGAGAAAUCAAAGACUCCGAAAAGGAAAGGAAGAGUUAAAAUCAGAAGGAAUGGCAGCAAGAGGAGAAGGAAAGGGUCAAGGUCGCGCAGCAGUGCCAGUGAAUUCAGCGACAAUGACUCCGUCUACACCUCCAGAUCAGAAAUGUCCCAGGUGUCGUUUGAUAUGCCAGCUUCUGAUCUGGAUGAACCAGAACAAGAGGCAGCGCCAAGGCUGAAGAAGAAGAAAGUGGAUGGUUUGAGUGUUGAAAGGCUGACCUUGCUAGGGAGAGUUCAUGUUGCAAGAGUCACCAUUGACCAACUCAAACUAGUGGGCUACGAACAAAACACAACUCCGUCCAAAAAGAAGCCAGCCAGUAAAUCCAUAGGCAGGCCUCCGAAACCUUCUCCCAAGGCCAAGAAAGCUGUAACUUACUUUAUCGAAUACCAGUUCCCUGUAGUGGCCACAUCUAGGGAUAAACAUGCACCCAAUGCCAUGGCAACAGAGGUCAUGCGGGUUGCCUCAAAAAAUGUCAAAGAUGGAGUUGUGAGUUUUAACCACCGCUCAGUCUUCCCGAUCAUGUUUGAUGGAACAGCAGUAGACAAUUGGUGGAAGUCCGCUCUAGUUUUUAAACUAUUCGCAAGAUCUGCUGGCCAGAAAGUGCCAAAUCAGGUUGGAAGUUGUGGUGUUCCUUUGAAGUCCAUACUGAAGUCGGACACACUUCACCUGGAUUGUUCGCUGGAUAUACAGGAGAACAGUGUUAAUAGAUUCAGUAUUUCCUCCAGGCGAGGCAGUGACAUCGAAGGAUUCUACGGAAAAUUAAAGGUGUCCGUAGAGUUAGCUUCAGACAACAAAGAUUUCUCAUCAGCUCUCGCCAAAACCAAGCUGGCAGAAAUGAGUGGGAAAGCCAAAAUAGUGCCAAUUCCUAAACCUUCCCCAGCAAAACCCCCCGCAGUGUCUCAGGAACCAAGAAUUGUGAAUAUACAAGACCAAGUGCAGCAUUUCGACCAGUUACGCAGACAGACAGAAUCAGAAAUGAAGGAAAGUCUAGUAAGAGAAGUCGAAUCCUUCCUACAAAGAAAUUCUCAGUCCAGCAGUGUGAGGUCGUCACAGCAGAAGAACUUUGACCACGGUCUACUUCAGAUCCCGGUGACUUAUGGCCAGUCCGAUCUUCCAGAGGUUCUAACCUUGCACACCUUGUUAUUGAUCCCCGAGGGUCAGAACAUCACUCUAAGUGGAAUUCCCUGCCUUACCUCACUGAAGAGACAUCCGAUAUUUCCUCCCAAACCACAAACACUGGUUUCAGAUCCCGCCAGUCACAGUAUGAACUCGAGAAACACGUACCUCGUCUGUCGAAUGUUCUGGUGUGAUGAUGCGGUACAUUCGGAUGUCUGUUGGAGUGACCCCCAGCCUCCCUAUAACUUUUCACAGAUUGCACCAGUACUGGUUUCUCAGAGUCUGCUAGAAAGGAUGAGAAACAAUUUCAUGAUUAUAGAAGUGUGGGACAAGAAAACUAAUUCUGAAAAUGACAAGCUGAUUGGUAUUGUGAAACUAAGCCUUCACCAAUUCUAUAUGUCCUUCAGAGACAGGAAAAUCUCUUCUGCAUUACUCAAGUCACAGUACCCAGUGAUUGCAGUGGACAAUUAUCUGCCUAUCGUCGACCCUCUCAGUGGCACUCAGUUUGGACAGCUCAAGGUUCUGUUGGCCAUGGGGUCAGCAGAACAGGUGUCAGCGCUACAACGAAUGAAGAUGGAGAACGCAGCAGGACUGCACGUUGUAAGACCUACUCACCAGCUUAAUGGAAACAUGGAAACUAGUCUGGAAUCUUCCGCUCGGAACCAGUUCGGGACAUCUGUUCUCGUGGAGCACAUUUUUGAGGUGGUGAUAGAAGGCAUUCGAGGUCUCUCAAUGUUUGACAACAUGAUGUGGGGGGAGGCAGACUGCUUCAUACAGUACCAUUUCCCCACCCAGGCACAGACUGGUGUUCCAGGAGCCCCGAUAGUUCGACACAGUGUGCCACAGAUGAAGACUUUCCGUAGUGCCACCACUCUGUGUAUACCAGACCCAACAUUUAAUGACAUCACUCGCCACAGAAUGUGCCUGCCCCAAGGAAGCCCCGUUCAGCGGGAGUUAUUAACAGCCUGUGCUGGAUCUGGCAGUAGCGGAGGAAUCCCAUUUGAGAUCUGGUGUAGAUAUUACCAUCCUAACGUCAGGGAUCAGUGUAUUGCUAAGACAAAUCUACCACUGGCCAAGUUGUGUGCCAUGGUUACCAUGCAGAAGAGGAAUGACCCAGCUGUACAGACAUUUAGUCUGCCGAUAAACGCUGUGCCGGGGGAUGGGCAGGAGGAGCCAGAGCAACUGGCCAAGCAGAAGGAUUGUGGAUUAUUGACUUUAACAAUUCACUACAAAACCCACACAGUCCACAAUGACAGUAGUACUGCAGCUCGGAGAAAUAUUGGACAAUCUCAAGUCUGUUUAACUGUGGGCAUCCUCAAAGCAUGCGGACUCAAGGCGGCAGCAGAGGCCUUGGCAUACACAGACUCUGGAAUGCAAUACCCCGCGGAAGUGGGGGUUAACACAUACAUCAAAGUCCAACUGUCAUUUUUAGACAAAUCGGAGGAGAGAAUCUCGAGAACGGUGGCCCGCUCCUUUACACCGCAGUUUUCCCACACAAUGGAUUUCCCUUGUAACCUGCUGUGGACUGAAGCUAAUAACGAGGCUCUCUCAUUGGCCGAGAUUUUGGAACAAGGCCAGUUAAAGUUAGAAGUGUGGCACCAGGUCCCAGGGCUGGCCUCAGACAUCGAUCGUCAGAUGUUGGUGGAAGGUGACAUGGAUGGCGGGAAAGUCAGUGAUGUGUUAAUGGGCACAUGUGAAGUACCGCUGUCCUCCCUAUUGACUCACAGAACAGGAAUAAGUGGCUGGUUUCCCAUCAAUCUCUCGUCCAGUAUCACACCAGAGGAGAAUAUGGAAGCUGAGGGUUACCAUGGAAACUGCCUUCAUCGAGUUGUGGGUGGUGUGGAGUUGGAAAUUAAAUUUGCACAUCAUAAUGACCGAGAAAAGGUGAUCCAGGCGGGGCGGGGUGUGGGUUGGUCCCCGGUGGAUCAACAGGUGGAAGAUGAAGAAGAGUGGAUGAGUGAUGAUGAGAGCUCAGGCCGAUUUUAUAAUGUUACCAUUUGUGUGGAUCAGGCAAACUUCCCAUUGGCCAACGCUCUUGCUACGGGUCAUGACACGCUAGAAAAGGCAGCCAGGUGUUACAUACGCUACAAACUCUACGACAGAGCUGCUGUGGUAUCCAAGGUAACCAAAAUGGCAGACAGUGAGGGCAUUCUGACAUCAGAACUGGGGCACAAGCACACACUUCAAAUUUCAGCUUCUUCGCCAUUUCGCUGGUUUCUUCGUGAGGAGAAGCUGGAGAUUCAGGUGUGGGUCAGCUACAGCUAUAACCAAACCCAGAGACCCCAGCUGCGAGACAAACUGAUUGGGACGGCUUACAUCGCCCUGGAAACCCUUGCCGACCAGCGGCGCACUCAGCACAGAGUCAGUGGGCUGUACCCAUUGUUCAAGGCAGGAGGAGCAAAUUUAGGAGGGGCAUUUAUUCAGGCUCAUGUGACACUGAAACCCAUGUUUGGGGUCCCAAGUCAGAGAGAGAAUGAAGCAAGCAUGAUAUCCGACAUCCAUGAUACUGAUUACGACCCCAAUGACAGUUUUCAUCAGCUGACUGGCCAAUCAAAACGCAGGAAAUCCGUCAGUAAACAGGCCAGACUACAGCAGGAGGAUGAAGAAGUAAUCCCAGCAUUCUCCGUCUUGAUUUCAGUGGAACGAGCCAUGCACUUACCACGUGUAUCUGAACACAGCAGAUCCGGGGAACACUUGCCAAACUCGUAUGUAUCAUACCAAGCAGCUGAGUCAGACGACCCAACUUGUACUGACGUGAUUCCGAACUCGGACAAUCCUGUAUGGGACCAUCAAAAUGAAACUAGACUCAGCACACAGCUCUUGUAUCAGGAAAAUAAGAAUUUGGUAUUCAAAGUUUGGCACAAACCCAGUUCCUGUGGAAAGACCCCAGACAAGAGUUCUGAUAGAGUGCUGGGCUUUGUUUCGGUGGAUUUAACUCCCCUGGCUUCAGGACUUCAGCUGAUGUGUGGCUGGUACAACAUCACGGACUUCAAUGGGCAAUGUCAAGGACAGAUCAAGGUAAAUAUUAUUCCACAAGAAUGUUUGAGGCAAUACAACCAGGAAACAAAUUCCUCCAACCAGCCAGUUAGUCUUCCAAUGAGAAGUGAUUCAUCCGUCCAUCAUCUUCCAUCCUGGAUUCACGAACAACCAAUGUCUUUCCCGCUCAGUGACAAGCCUUUCUCCUCCAGUCUACCUCAGUUUGAGCCCUCAUCUUUGCCUGAUCUACAGCAGCCUCAUGCUUUGCAGCAGCAGUUAGUGGAAAACAUCCGAUAUUUCCUCGAUCAACAGCAGGCCACACUAGAUUCUAAACCGGACUUUACAGGAAUCAGCACAGAGAGGGAAGCCUCCUUACACUGGGUCCCAAAGAUGCCCGAGCACAAUUUUGAAGAGCCCAAUGAUAGCUCUAGAUCUAUUCUUUUUAACAAUUUGAGGAAACAAAUGCAGGACUUGGAUCAUGUGACAUCCAGACUGAAGCAGAAGUUGUCUCCUGUGUUUAGUUUACCUCAACAGUUCCCCUCAGAACCUGACGCUCCCACAACGUGCCGUUCCACCGGACAUGCUACGCUGACCUCAACACAUUCUGGUCUGAGCACCAUCUCCACGCUUCACUUACAGCACAGUCAGAGGGACUCGUCACGCACUCACGAGAGCGAGCUACUUCUAACAGCCUCAAACGAGGGCGAGUCCUCCAGAACGGGUGUCGACUCAGGUGUUUUGUCUGUGACUCAUUCGAGUGAAAAAUAUCAGGAUCCGGAGGCUCUAGACUCGCAAAGAAGUGAUGGACUCGACACCUUUAGACUGAGGUCUCUGACUCGGGACUUCAACAAGGACUCGCCACGAGAUCACAGUAAUUCAGACACUGGAAUCCACUGUCCGUACACUUGUCCUGAGGAUCAUUCUUCUUCAAACUCUAAUGCAGGGAACACUCCACGGGAAUCACACAGCAAGAGUAGCACACCAAGAGGACUCUCAUUACACAGCGUGGGAAGCACGCCGAGAGAUCCAUACUCGGUGUCAAAUGGAUCCAAAAUGUCGGAUCCUUCUUCUCUGGGAUUUCAGUAUCAGGGGGAUAUGUCCUCUAGGAGUCAGAUGUCGGGUCGAAAUGGAAAUCAAGAUGUAGAUGGGAAUGUGAUGUUUGGAAUAGCAAACGAGAAUAAUUCUAAUAAUGUAAAUUGUAAUGCGGAUGAAAAGAAAAUGGGAAUGAAAGACAUGUCUGUAAUAGAGGAGAAUGCGGAUGAAAGUGGAGGAGAAGGUGACGAGAAGUAUUACCAUAGAUACCGGGACAUUCUCGAUGAACAGGACAGUGAGGGUUCAGAUGACGAAAGCGAAGCCGAUGUAGUGGUACCCAGAACUUUGAAUGAUGUCUCUGGCAAAUUUGGGGGAAUACCUGGUCACGAAUUUCGCUCAAUGGCGGGCUCCAGAGAAUCGCCUCGAGAGUUCCACCACAGUGAUCACACGAUGCCAUUUGAUGUGAGAAGUGAUUCUAGAAGUGGUUCCAAAUCAAACUCUGGCAGUAAAAAAACUUCCGAGGGAGAUCUGACGGACCGCGAGGAAUUGCCAAUUGAAAAUCUGCAAGACUCCCGGUGUGACAAGCAUCAGUUUUAUGUUGAGAAAGACAGCUGGUUUUCUGAUGAGGAAGUUGACCUUCAAAGGUCAAGAUAUGAACCUUCCUAUGGCCCUGGGUCAACAAGGUCAAAUCCCUUGGAAGCUCAGGAGGAAGAGAAUCAUCAAGAUAUUGUUGAAAAAGACAGUUGGUUUUCAUCUGAUCAUAGCAAAUCAAAUUUAGACUCUUCACAUUUUCCCAAUGAAGACAGUGAAUCAAAUGUACCCAGAAAUUCAAAACAUUUAUUAUCAAAAGUGAAACUUGACACAAUUUCAUCAGUUGGUAGUAAAGAAUACGACAGUUUUUAUAUUGAAGAGAGGGAUUUGCUUAACAAUGUGGAAUUAGACUCUGUGACUUCAGGUACAAAUACGCAAAAGGGAGAAUCCGUUCACAACUCGACUGCUUCAUUUCUUACGAGGAGGAGCGCUGAUCACGAGAAUUUUAAUUUGGAAGAAAGUACUCAUGACACUAUACCCAAGUCUCCAAAGCUGAUUUAUGAUCAUGUUGUUAGUGAGUUAGAGGAAUUCUUUCAACAAUCCAAAUCGGGAAAUGCCGGAAAUCAGUUCAAAGACGAAUAUGAGACUGAACAAACAGGUGAUUUUGUUCAUUCCAAAGAUCCUGAAAAUAGAAAUAGUGAUGUAGAAGAGUUUGACCAAGAAGUUGUGGAGGAAGUUGAAAUCUGGACGGAGUCAACAAACCAGGACAAUUUGACUGGUAAUGGUCAGCAGCUCCCCAAUUUCUUCUUGCCUGUGGAACAUCUCCAGGAGUCGAUGAAAGUUCUACGUUUAGCCACUGAAGGCAUGCCAGCAAAUCAGCCAAAAGUGGAGAAGGAAGUCUGUUUCGAUCGCAGGGAGGAGAAAAGUCAAGCAGCUGCAGAUAUGAAAAACAAACUCAGUCAAAAUAUGACACAAGCACGCUUUUCUAAUGGACCAGUAAGAGGCAGACAACUGCCCACAGCAGAGGAAGCCAAGAGGAUUGCAAAAAUAUUUUCUUCUAAGGCUUCUUAAACUAGAACUAAAUUCCCUCCUCAUUCACUACAAUUUUUGAAGAGAAUAAUUCCUCCGAAUUCUAUAGACACACGAAAUGUACAUGUAUCUCAUUGCUAGUCUUGGACAAUAGAUUUAGUUUCAGUUUUUAUAGUUGUUGGUAGAUUUGAACCAUUGAAUUGAUAAGGUCAUUAAUUAUGGGUACUUUUGAUUAAAUUAGCAUGUAUUGUCUGAUUUGGUGACACCUACCCUUUGGAUAUAUAGAAUGAUUUCCUAGAAUUUCCUACCCACAAUUCACUGUAGAAUGUAACUCCCUCCAGCCAGUGGUUAGAUCUAGUCAUUUUGGUUGUUUGUUUUGUCAAAAAAAAAAUCUUUAUUUUAGAAUUCAGGACAGUUCACUAGAAAUGAAUGUACUUUUGUUGGUGAAUUUUUGCGUAGGUUGAAGAUUGAGUAGAACAUUACUGAGUUCUGUGUUAUCUUGAUGAAGUGUUGAUGAGAAUGGCAAUGGCCUCAUUAUAUGCAUUUAACCUGUACUUUGUUAAUACAGUGUCCCUGUUAGAUGUAUCAAGUCUUAUCUGUGAUAUUUCAUGUUUUUUCCUCACCGUGGUGUAAAUGUUGUAUAUACGUGUACAGAAUGAUUGUUAUCGGUAUGCAGUACAUCAAUGUAUGGGAUUGACCACAAAUUGUAUCUAUGUACUAAAUAUAACAUACAAUUGUAUCUAUACAAAUAUAACAGGUAACUAUACAAUGUAUCAGCUAUCUAUACAAUAUAACAUAUCUAUACAAAUAUAACAGGUAUGCAUUUUACAGGUGAUCUGUUCAGAUUUCCUUCUGUAAUGUUAAUGAUCUGGUGCUUGGUGAAAAAUCUUUAUGAUGUUCUUUGAAAUAUAUUGUUGCAUGUGUUUCCUUUGAUCUGAUUUAACCUUUGACCCAGAAAUCUCCUAAGUCGCUAUACUUCACAAUGGUAAUCUCUGUGUAUUUUAGUGGAAUGUUUUAUUUAAUGGUACAAUUUGUAUAUAUUGUGAUGCUAAAAUUUGAAAUCCAAGCAGUUGUGCUUUGUACAUAUGUAAAUAUUACCUAUUAAUUUAUUACUUCGAACUCAGAUAUUAAAAUUCAAUUUUGAUAUUAUUUUUAGAGGGAAAAUGUAAAAACAAUGAAAUAAAAAUUUAAAACAUU